UUAGAAAGAUAAUUGCGGUGUUAUUUUUAUUUCAUUUGUUUGCAGUAUCCGAAAGUUGGGAUGGAUUUGAUGAAAUACUUCGCUGGACGAAGUAUAUUGUGAAUAAAGUUUAUGACGGUAUACAUGAUAUGAUAUGUGCUAAAACAGAAUGCUGCACGGACAAUUGGAGAAAGGCGAACUUUUCGAAUUUAAGUAUCGCCUUAACUUCGACAUUGCACGGGCAACACCUGGUCAAACAGAUAUUGCUACCUUCCAUACGAGGCCAUCUCAUCGAUAACGAUCCCAAAAAAGCUCUAGUCCUAUCGUUUCACGGUGGAACCGGCGUUGGUAAGAAUUUCGUCACUAGGCUCAUCGCCGAAAAUUUGUACGUGCAAGGAAUGAAAAGUAAAUACUUUCACUUAUUCAUACAUACCAGAGAUUUUAAAUUCGCUUCCGAACCAAACAAACUAAACGAAUAUAAGAGAGACUUGGAACUUAAAAUAUAUUCAUCGGUGGCAUCUUGCGAAAGUUCUUUAUUUAUUUUCGAUGAAGCGGAUAUGAUGCCAGCCGAAUUAAUUGACGUGAUAAAACCUUACGUGGAUAAUUAUAAUGAUAUCGAGGGAAUAAAUUUUAGAAGAGCAAUAUUCAUUUUUCUGAACAACGCAGGUAGCGAAGCCAUCGAGAAUUUAACUCGUCGAGUGUGGGAGAAAUACAGAAAAAGAAUAGACAUAACCUUGAAAGAUGUGGAACCUCUCAUCGUCACGGAUCUAAAGACCAAAGAAGCAACUAACGUGAAAGUCGGUUUGUACGAAAGUAGCAUCAUGAAGAGUCACCUGAUCGACACUUUUGUCCCCUUUCUGCCUCUAGAGAAGGAACACGUAAAAUUAUGUAUAAAAGACGACUUGAAUUCGAAAGGGCACGCGGUGGAUCCGAAAGUAAUCGAAGAAAUUGCCGAAGAAUUAAAUUAUUUUCCCGAAGGAACGACGAAGUUUUCUAAAUCCGGUUGCAGAAAAAUCAGCCAGAAAGUCAAUAUGAGAUUGUUCGACGAAUUGUAAUUUUCUUUGACGUUGUUCAUUAAUUAGUGAGGAUAGAUUAAUUUCCGUUUAAAAUUAUGAAUUUAUUUAAUAUUGUGCAUUUUCUAAUUUUUGUGUAAUUUCUAUUGUGUAAUUUACUGAUAUGUCGGAGGGUUAGGACCCAUCCCUCACCAUCUCUAUGAGAUAUAUCACGUUCUGAGAACGAAAUCGCAAAAGUCACGUGGUAAGAGGAAACCUUUUGUUACUUAAUCUACAAUUGAAUUCAUAUGUAUACUAUCAGAUUAAUUUGAUUGACAUUAAAACAUUAACA